GGCUGCUAAUAAGAUGGUUGUAGUGAGCUUGAAAGCAAGUUACACAGUGAAGCCAUCGGAGCCCACUUUCGAUGGUCGUUUAUCUCUGUCGGAGUGGGAUCAGAUUGGAACCAUAACUCAUGUGCCGACCAUCUAUUUCUACAGACCCUCACAGGACUGGAUUAUGCGGGAUGGUGACAUCUUGGCAACUCUGAGGGACUCAUUGAGCCGGGUCUUGGUGCAUUUCUACCCGCUUGCCGGUCGUUUGUGCUGGAUUCAAGGAAGCCGCCUGGAGCUUGAGUGCAAUGCUAUGGGGGUUCAGCUGAUUGAAGCUGAGUCCCAAGCAACACUAGAUGAUUUUGGCGAUUUCGCUCCAUCUCCAGACCUUGAAUCCCUUGUCCCUUGUGUAAACUACAACAGUCCAAUUCAUGAGCUGCCACUGAUGCUUGUGCAGCUCACCAAGUUCAGCUGCGGUGGCAUCAGCCUCGGCACGUCCAUAUCACAUGCUGUGGCCGAUGGCCAGAGCGCACUUCACUUCAUCGAUGAGUGGGCAAGGCUUGCCCGGGGCGAGCCUUUAGGCACACCGCCAUUUCUUGACCGGAAAGUGCUGCGAGCUGGGGAUUCCCCAAUUGCGCCUCCUUGUUUUGAUCAUGCAGAAUUCAGCCAUCCACCGCUAUUGAUGGGAGCAUCAAGUACUGUCGAGGAGAGAAAAAAGGGGACGACUGUAUCAUUGUUGAAGCUGACCAAAACCCAAGUUGAGAGACUGAAGAAGAUGGCCAAUGAUAGUCGGCCUACAGAAUGUGGCCGUCCUUAUAGCCGGUACGAGACUAUUGCAGCACAUAUAUGGAGAUGCGCAUGCAACGCGCGUGGUCACAAGCCCGAGCAGCCAACGGCAAUAGGUAUAUGCAUUGAUUCACGCAGUCGUAUGCGGCCACCAUUGCCUCAGGGGUACUUUGGCAAUGCUACACUUGAUGUGAUCGCGACUGGCCGCUCCGGUGAGCUAGUGUCAAAGCCAUUAGGCUAUGCUUCGAGUAGAAUAAGAGCAGCAAUAGAGAAAGUGACGGACGAAUACGUGUGGUCUGCCAUAGAUUUUCUGAAAAAUCAGCCUGACUUGUCACAGUUCCAGGAUCUACAUGCCUUAGGGAACGAUGAAGGACCUUUCUAUGGUAACCCAAAUCUUGGGGUAAUAAGCUGGUUGACGCUACCCAUGUACGGGAUCGAUUUUGGAUGGGGGAAGGAGGUGUACAUGGGUCCAGGACCCCAUGAUUUUGAUGGUGAUUCUUUGAUCCUACCAGGUCAUGAUGGAGAUGGAUCCUUGGUUGUUGCCUUGUGUUUGCAAGUUGCUCAUAUGGAUGCUUUCAAGAACUUCUUCUACGAAGCCAUGGCAGAAUCUUCAAUAGACUGAUAACAUCUCAUCUAAUACUAAUGGAGUAAAAAUAAAAAUGAUGUUGCCUCAUGAUGAAAAUAUGAGCAUCUCAUCUUAGCUGUAAACUCCAAUUAAUAAGCAUAUUUUUAUCAGAUCAUGUCCGAAUUCUUAGAUCAAGAAUGAAAGAUGUGUUUCAUUAUCUGACAGAAUGUUGCAAA